AUGACUGCUCCACAAAGAAGCACUAUUCAUAUCCUUGGAUUGGGUGCCAUGGGUACCGUUUUGGCCGUGGACCUUCUCAGAUUCACCAAUGCCCUUGUUGUGCCAUUAUUUAGAUCACAAGAAAGACUUGCACAAUUUCAGAAGGCCAACGAGAACAAAGUAUCGAUUCGUAAAAUUUAUGCGAAAGGUUCACCACUAUUAUCGUAUCCGGUUGAGCAAAGCGAAUGCCCUGAAACAUUCUCCAAAAAGCCUAUUGACAAUUUAGUCGUCACUACAAAGACUUACCAAACAAAGGAAGCACUGGCUCCCUAUUUGCCUUACAUCAAUGAAAAUACAAAUUUGAUUCUGAUUCAAAAUGGACUAGGUGUUUUAGAACUGUUAAAAGAAGAAAUAUUUACCGAUUCAAAAAAUAGACCUCGUUUAUUUCAAGGUGUCAUCUCUCAUGGUGUUUAUCAGGACAAGGCAGGCAUCUUUAAUCACGCCGGGUGGGCCGGUAUGAAGGUUGCCAGAUUGCCUUGGACAGAUAAUGACAUGAUUCAAAAGAAGUCCGUAGUUGAAAACGAUGCUGCCAAAAACUCUUUAGUAAAGUUAUUAACAGAACCGAAAUUUGCCAAAGAAUUUGGAAUAGAACACACCACUUACCAAGAAAUGCUAUUCGGCCAACUAUUUAAGUUCUUAGUUAACGCGUGCAUAAAUCCAGUUACGGCUAUUUUAGAUUGUCUCAAUGGCGAAAUGAAAGACGAUUGUGGUCCAGUUUUUACUUCAAUAAUUGAUGAGUGUUUACAAAUAUUGAGGUUGGCUUAUAAGCCAUUAUUUGAUUACCGUGACAAAUUCAACGGUAAUGAAGAAUACCCAGAAAUGGACAUCAAUUCAAUAUUAACUACCGAUAAUAUGGUCUCUGAAGUCACUAGAAUUGGUUGUGAAGUUAAUUCUAAAAACAGUAGUUCAAUGAGACAGGACACUUUGUUCUUGAGGGAUAUUGAAAUUGAGUAUAUCAAUGGUUAUGUGGUUAAAUUGGCCACCAACUUGAAUCUAGAUCCAAACUGUUGCAAAGUUAAUAAAACUAUUAGUGAAUUGGCUAGUUUGAGACUAGCAUUGAACAGAUCCAGAAGCAUCAACGGCGACUGGAGAAAGGACUAA